GUAGCCAACCUCAUGCCACUGGCAUGCGAGGCGGGUCGAGUGAACAAGAGCGAAGUACAUAUGGCGGUCCUCGGGCGGAAUGCGCUUUCAAUACCGGAGAUUCUAAGCGUCAAUGGCUUCAAGCAGCAAGAUUGUCAUGUCAUGUUUCACGACGGUCGGGCGGACUUUGCGGAAUACAGCACAGCCAAGCGGGCGGAGCUCUCGACUCUUGCCGCAUUCAAACAGAUUAACGAAUUUGUGAAUCCUCAGGCCAUCGUUGUCGAUGGCGGGAAACAAGAAGAAAGCUUCUUCACAACUGCCAUGCGACAGCGGGCGGAAGAUUAUGCCAAAACACUUAUCGCGAUCCCGGAGAAGAGAUAUGAGGAUUUCCUGUGGAUGACGCGCCUCGAUGCAGACAGUCUAGAGAAUUGGUUCAAGCCUACCAUCGAUAUUCUUGUACAAUCGCCGCGAAAGAGCUCGGGCAGCCUGAUCAGAUUGCUGAAAAGCCUGAAGACGGCAGAUUACUCCGGCCUCAAAGCGCCGCGACUUGUGGUAGAGCUUCCACCGGUCGUUGAGUCAUUUGCGAUGCAGUGGUUGAAUGGACUUACAUGGCCACCAUCGGAAUCUUGGCCAGCCUCGCAAUCAAACAUGCUCACCUUGAAUCACCGUAUUCCUUCACGCCUCCUGACUGGUGAUCAGUCAGCGCUACGAUUCGUCGAAUCUUUCUACCCAUCCGAUCCACAAUUUCAUCAUGUACUAGUACUCUCGUCUCAGGCGGAGCUCAGUCCUUUAUUCUUUCAACAUUUAUAUUACUCAAUUCUACAAUACCGGCAUUCGGAGAAAUGGUGGGAGGCCGGGGACAUCAUGGGUAUUUCCCUAGAUCGGCCCUCUACGCUCAUUGACGGAAAAUCCACACUGCAGGCUCCGACCGUUGGCGAUAUGCGAGAGUCGGCUACUGUUAACGCGAAGGCCGCAGAUCCAAAAGCCAACGCGCCAUUCCUUUACCAGACUUCGUCCAUCGGAGCCACACUGGUCUUCGGCGAUAAAUGGGCGACAUUUCACGAUUUCCUACAGCGACGACUAGAGGCCACACAAAGAGGUCUCACGAAACCACAGAAGAAAUUGGUUUCGGCUGGAGAACCAGCGUGGUCGGAAUAUCUCCUUGAAUUGACACGAGCGAGAGGCUGGAGCAUCCUCCAUCCCGCAGACAGCCUCGUCACGCUUCACGGCGAAUUAGCGCAAGUGCCAGAAGAAUUCCUCCGACCGCCACCGAAAUCCGCAAAGGCGACACCGUCGAAAAAAUCGGGUUCAAAGGCUAGCGAAGAGAAACAAGACUUCCUUUCUGAAGACACGAAUCCAACGCCCAAACCCCAAGAAUCGACAUCAGAAGCCCAAACCUCCACUUCAGGAAAAACACCGCCUCUUCACAAGUUCCUUCCUUUCAACGGCUUCCUCCCUGAUCUCGGCUCUCUACCAUGGCUGGCCCACACGGGAAAAUCCCACCUGCGCAUCGCCGUCAAUGAAUUGACAGAACAGUACCUUCCUGUUUUCCGCCGCGAAAUCGGCGGAUGU